CAGCAGCAGGAGGCGCCCCGGAGGUGGCGGCGAAGCCGAGCUGCCUCUGAUAAAGGAAAAAUGGCUUUCAGCAAAGGAUAUCGGGUCUACCACAAACUGGAUCCACUUCCAUUCAGUGUGAUAGUGGAAACCAGAAAUAAGGAAGAGUGCCUCUUGUUUGAGUCUGGAGCUGUGGCUGUCCUCUCAUCUGCAGAGAAAGAGGCAAUCAAGAGCACAUACUCCAAAGUAAUGGAUGCAUAUGGAUUUUUAGGUGUAUUAAGAUUAAAUCUGGGAGACACUUUGUUACAUUAUCUGGUUCUAGUCACAGGAUGUAUGUCUGUGGGAAAGAUUCAAGAAUCUGAAGUUUUUCGAGUUACUUCCACUGAAUUCAUAUCAUUACGAAGUGACCCUUCAGAUGAAGAUCGUAUUUCAGAAGUGCGCAAAGUUUUGAACUCAGGAAAUUUUUAUUUUGCAUGGUCUGCUACUGGGGUCAGUUUAGAUCUUAGUCUUAAUGCUCACCGUAGCAUGCAAGAACACACCACUGACAAUAGAUUUUUCUGGAACCAAUCCCUGCAUUUGCAUCUUAAACACUAUGGUGUGAACUGUGAUGACUGGUUAUUGCGUCUCAUGUGUGGAGGAGUAGAGAUUAGAACAAUUUAUGCAGCUCACAAACAGGCAAAGGCUUGCCUCAUUUCACGACUAAGCUGUGAACGAGCUGGGACCAGGUUUAACGUACGGGGAACGAAUGAUGAUGGUCAUGUUGCUAAUUUUGUUGAAACAGAACAGGUGGUAUUCCUAGAUGACUGUGUGUCUUCCUUCAUACAAAUUCGUGGAUCUGUUCCGUUAUUUUGGGAGCAACCUGGUCUGCAGGUGGGAUCCCAUCGUGUCAGAAUGUCAAGGGGAUUUGAAGCAAAUGCACCGGCUUUUGACAGGCAUUUCCGAACACUUAAAAAUGUAUAUGGCAAGCAAAUUAUUGUAAAUUUACUUGGGGCAAAAGAAGGGGAGCACAUGCUUAGCAAAGCCUUCCAGAGCCACUUGAAAGCCUCUGAACAUGCUAUUGAUAUCAAAAUGGUGAACUUUGACUAUCAUCAAAUGGUUAAAGGCGGAAAGGCAGAAAAACUACACAGCGUGCUUAAACCUCAAGUCCAAAAAUUCUUAGAAUGUGGAUUUUUUUAUUUCGAUGGAAAGGAAGUUCAAAGAUAUCAAAGUGGUACUAUCAGGACAAACUGCUUGGACUGUCUGGAUAGAACAAACAGUGUGCAGGCUUUCUUUGGCUUAGAGAUGCUAACAAAGCAACUGGAGGUUUUAGGUUUAGCUGAGAAGCCUCAGUUGGUUACUCGCUUCCAGGAAGUUUUCCGGUCCAUGUGGUCAUUAAAUGGUGAUUCUGUCAGUAAAAUAUAUGCAGGAACUGGAGCUCUUGAAGGAAAGGCUAAGCUGAAGGAUGGUGCUCGUUCUGUGACCAGAACAAUUCAAAAUAACUUUUUUGAUAGCUCCAAGCAGGAGGCCAUUGAUGUUUUGUUAUUGGGGAAUACCCUAAAUAGUGAUUUAGCAGAUAAAGCCCGGGCUCUCUUAACCACCAGCAGUUUACGUGUUUCAGAGCAGUCAUUGCAAUCAGCAUCUGUAAAAACACUAAAGGGUAUGUGUGAAAAUUUUUAUAAGUAUUCAAAGCCCAAAAAAAUUCGAGUAUGUGUUGGAACAUGGAAUGUCAAUGGUGGGAAGCAAUUUCGAAGCAUUGCAUUUAAAAAUCAAACACUCACUGACUGGCUUCUAGAUGCACCAAAGUUAGCUGGUAUCCAUGAAUUCCAAGAUCGAAGAAGCAAACCUAUUGACAUAUUUGCCAUUGGAUUUGAAGAAAUGGUUGAGUUAAAUGCAGGAAACAUUGUGAAUGCAAGCACAACCAAUCAGAAGCUGUGGGCUGCUGAACUGCAGAAGACCAUCUCAAGAGAUAACAAAUAUGUGCUGCUGGCUUCUGAGCAGUUGGUGGGCGUCUGUCUCUUUGUAUUCAUCAGACCCCAGCAUGCUCCUUUUAUCAGGGAUGUUGCUGUUGAUACUGUAAAGACUGGUAUGGGAGGAGCUACUGGCAAUAAAGGUGCAGUAGCAAUUCGAAUGUUGUUUCAUACGUCCAGUCUUUGCUUUGUCUGUAGUCACUUUGCUGCAGGGCAAUCACAAGUCAAAGAGAGAAACGAAGACUACAUAGAAAUAGCCCGAAAACUCAGUUUCCCAAUGGGAAGGCUCCUCUUUUCCCAUGACUAUAUAUUUUGGUGCGGCGAUUUUAAUUAUCGUAUAGAUCUUCCUAAUGAGGACGUGAAGGAGUUAAUUCGCCAGCAGAAUUGGGAUUCCCUUAUUGCAGGAGAUCAACUUGUCAACCAGAAAAAUGCUGGACAGAUCUUUAGGGGAUUUUUAGAGGGAAAGAUAACUUUUGCACCUACAUACAAAUAUGACUUGUUUUCUGAUGACUAUGACACCAGUGAAAAAUGUCGCACGCCAGCAUGGACAGAUCGGAUUCUUUGGAGAAGAAGAAAAUGGCCAUUUGACCGAUCAGCUGAAGACCUGGAUCUUCUGAAUGCUAGUUUUCAGGAUGAAAGUAAUAUCCUUUACACAUGGAAUCCUGGUACUUUGUUGCACUAUGGAAGAGCAGAGCUGAAAACGUCUGAUCAUAGGCCUGUUGUUGCAUUGAUUGACAUAGAUAUAUUUGAAGUUGAGGCAGAAGAGAGACAGAAAAUUUAUAAGGAGGUGAUUGCUGUGCAGGGACCACCUGAUGGUACUGUAAUGGUCUCCAUCAAAAGCUCUUCACCAGAAGAAAACUAUUUUGAUGAUAACUUGAUUGAUGAACUUCUUCAGAAGUUUGCAGCCUAUGGUGAAGUUAUACUUAUAAGGUUUGUAGAAGACAAAAUGUGGGUAACAUUUUUGGAAGGAAGCUCCGCUUUGAGCGCUUUGGACCUGAAUGGUACUGAGCUUUUAGGAAGGAUCAUAAACAUUAACUUGAAAAAUUCAGACUGGAUCAGAAGUUUGGAAGAGGAGAUGAAUCUAGAGAAGAUGGUUGGAUUGCCUUCAUCAACCAGCUCCACUUUGCUUUGUGAAGAUGCUGAGAUUUCUGCAGACUAUGAUAUGGAAGGUGAUAUUGAUGACUAUAGUACUGAAGUUGAAGAAAUUUUUCCUCAACAUCUACAGCCAGGUACAAGUUCUGGUCUUGGAACCUCACCAGGCUCUUCACCUCGUUCCAGUCCCUGCCAAUCACCCACGUUGUCAGAUGGACCGCUACCCACCCUUCCAGUUAGACCAAGUCGAGCACCUACAAGAACUCCUGGACCACCUAUAUCCUCACAAAGUUCUCCAGUUGAUUUUCAACCAAUUACACAACAGAAAGAGUCUACUCAGAGCUUAGAGCCUAAACGUCUUCCUCCCCCUCGCCCAGUGGCUCCACCUACACGACCUGCUCCACCACAGAGACCACCCCCACCAUCAGGGGGUAGGAGUCCUGCACCUGCUAGAAAAGAAUUUGGAGGUCUUGGAGCUCCUCCCAGUCCUGGGGUAGCUAGGAGAGAAAUAGAAGUUCAAAAAAGCCCUGGAACACAAAGAAAAGAUAACUUAGUUCGUAGUCAGCUUCCACCUCCAGCCGGAUUCACAAGCACAGGAACUGCUGGAUAUAGUGCAGCCAGACCGACUGUUCCACCCCGAGCUGGAGUUAUUAGUGCACCACAAAGCCAUGUCCGUCCGUCUGUGGGGAGGCCAACACCUGAAACCCAAACCAAGCCAGCUGAACCACCAAGAGGGUCGCCAUUGCUUCCUGAACCACUAAAACCUCAGGCCGUAGUUCCUCUUCAACCCACCAUUCAGCCACCAUCUGUUCAAAAAAUGCAAGAGCCUCUUAUACCUAUGAUGAUGCAUACCUCUCAGACAACUCCUCCACAGAAUCUGGAAGCACCACCGCAACCGCCUCCCCGGAGCAGGUCAUCCCACAGCUUGCCUUCAGAAUCGGUUCCUUCACAACAGCAACAGGAGCAACCAUCAGGGUAA